AGUUUAUCAAACUGCCAGCUUCUUUGUGCUCUUUAUCUGAGACCUUAUUUUAUCUCUGUAUCAACCUAGAAAAGUAGGCAAGGUUGGUUUUAGGAUUCCUAUUUUACAGAAUAGACUAAGGCUCAAAAUGUGAAGCCCAAGACUGGAGGGGGUACCUGGAGGACAAGUCUCAAUCCCAGAUCUCCCCACUCCAAACAUAGAUCUCUCUGCAACAGCUCACCUGAUUGGAGGGACUCUGCCUCUCCCCCAGAUUUUGGGAUUUCCAGAAGAAAAGAUCACGGCAGGGAUUAUCAAGAAUAGAUCCUUUUUCUGAAUACUUAAGCCUUAAGUGACCACAGCCUUGGCCCUUCAGACUCCGGAGAUGCAGAAGGGACUUCUAGCAGUGAAAGUAAAAGAGGAAGAGGGGAACCAUGCCUAUAGGGAAGAAUCUGGCCUGUCAAGAGAGAACCCUCACACCAGAGAGAUCUUCCGUAGACGCUUCCGGCAAUUCUGCUACCAGGAGACACCUGGGCCCCGAGAGGCUUUUCAAAGACUCCAGGAGCUCUGCCAUCAGUGGCUGAGACCAGAGAUGCACACCAAGGAGCAGAUCCUGGAGCUGCUGGUGCUGGAGCAGUUCCUGACCAUCCUUCCUGAGGAGCUCCAAGCCUGGGUGAGAGAGCACCGCCCAGUGAGUGGAGAAGAGGCAGUCACUGUGCUGGAGGAUCUGGAGAGAGAGCUGGAUGAACCAGGAGAGCAGGUCCCAACCAAUGAGCAUGAACAGGAAGAGCUUGGGAAGGAGAAAGCAACUCCAGGAGGUGCCCAGGAGUCAUCAAGUGGCCAGCUCCAAACCAUGGAGAAGCAGCCUCAGUGUAACUUGCAAGAGGUGUGCCGGGUUCAGGAGAUCGAUGAUGAGGCUGGGGCUGGGAAUGUGGAGUUAGCCCCAAAGAGGGAGCUGUUUAAAGAAAUGAAAUUGCUUGUGAAAGUACCUGAGAACCUGAAUGGUGAUAUUAUUCAAAUGCCUGACUGUGAAGAGACCUGUGAUCAGGAAGGCAGAUUGGAAAGGCAACGGGUAAGCUCUUCAGUGGAGAGACCCUACGUCUGCUGUGAAUGUGGGAAAAGUUUCACCCAGAAUUCCAUCCUCAUCGAGCACCAGAGGACGCACACGGGCGAGAAGCCCUAUGAGUGUGAGGAAUGCGGGCGGGCCUUCAGCCAGCGGUCAGGCCUGUUCCAGCACCAGAGGCUCCACACCGGGGAGAAGCGCUACCAGUGCAAUGUUUGCGGCAAAGCCUUUAGCCAGAACGCUGGGCUUUUCCAUCACCUCAGGAUCCACACUGGGGAGAAACCUUACCAGUGCAAUCAGUGCAGUAAGAGCUUUAGUCGACGUUCUGUCCUCAUUAAACAUCAGAGAAUUCACACUGGAGAGAGACCUUAUGAAUGUGAAGAAUGUGGCAAGAACUUCGUUUACCAUUGCAACCUCAUUCAGCAUCGGAAGGUCCACCCUAUGGCUCAGUCCAGCUAGCUCCUGGGAACAGGUAGGGCACAAUUUCUUGCCAUUGGACCACUAGGCAAGGGAACAAGGGGCUUGGCUUUUUCUUUGUCCCUGAGAGAACAAUACUGGUUUAAUCCUCUAGUAUCGGAAGCGCCAAGGAAAGCCUUUGAAAAUGUCCUUAUUUUUAUGCAGAGAGAAGCAUAUCUUAAAUACAUCUAUGAAAUUCUCUUUGGCCAGUGACAUCCAUAACUUUGCGAUAUUGAAUAUUGUUGUGUGGACUGCAUCAACAUAGCCUCACACACAUCUGUCCAAAAAGUUUUCUGGGUGUGCAGAAGGAAAACUCCUUCAUCCUAGUUUUAAAAAGCUUUUUUUUUUAAAGCCUUUAAAAUUAUAUGCAGCCUGAAUACAAGAUGUCAAAAGUUGUUUCCUGAGUAUUUAAAAAUUAAUUUAAAAAUAAUUGCAGUAAAAUCUGUAAUGUAAACUGUUGGAUUAGUUUCCACUCAGCUAAGAUAUGAUAAUUUGCUUUUUAACCUACAAAAGAGGGCAGAUGGAUCUUCCCAUAAAUAUACAAAAGACUUCUCCCUAUAGAGGUUUAGUAACUCAGCCUUCAGUUAGUAACCAAGGAAUUGAAGCAGCCAUAUAUUAUUAGUAGCUCAGUGGCUAGUCAUAACAAAUAUUGCUCAUGAUUUUAAAUUUUUCAGAGACUAAAGACACUUAGCUGACAUCUCACUUAAGAUCUUUGUUAUGAAAAUAUAAGCCUCCUUGUAUUUUUCCUGACUUAGGAGCAUUUUUGGGUCUUGCUUUUUUUCUUUAUUUAACCUUUUGUUAUGGAAAAUUCCAAACACAUACAAAAGUAGACAAAAAAGUAUAAUCAGUCUUCCAUGUUGAUAGCUUUUUAUAACCUCCACACUUCUCAGCACUACCUAUUGAUUAUUACCAAGGUUGUACAUUAAAAAAUUUCUUUCCCUUAACACUGAUUGUUACCAAACUUUAUACUAAGGCCAGGAGACAAAGAAAUGGGAGAAACCCCUGGUGGUAACAAUCAGGAUUGGAAUAUCAAAUACACAGCAGGUAACUUAAGGCUAACAGAAAUACUAUAAGGGACCUUACACAGGUACAGAAUGACAUGCCCUUAUUUGACAGAUACAGAAACAGAAGCUCUGGGAAGUAAUUGCAUGAGAUCAUACAGCUGGUUAAUGGAGCUGGAACUAGAACCCUGUCUCCUAAUUCCUAGUGCAUUGCUCACUCUACCAAGCCGCUGGAAGCAUUCUGUCACCAUAUAGAACUUACAUUAUUGAGGCAUUUAGGGUCUGCUUUCUAGCUCAACAAACCUUCCUAUCUGUAUGUUUCAAUAAAUGCACCUCUUCUCUAUUUAAUUUACAGUGGCCUUUCAGAAAAGAUUCCUCCCACUUAUCUCUCAUUUGAGGCUUGUUAUUUAUUUUUGUACUGAGUGAUUAUUUUUAACUUUAAAAUUUAAUUUUCUUAGAAGGACUUUUUUAAAAAGAUAAUUCAUUCUUCAGUUGGUUCUAAUAUGAAAACAACAUUAAAAAAAGUCCCUAUCUUUCCCCUUAUAGGUAGUCAUUUACUAGUUUCUUAUGUAUCUUUUAGUGUUUCUUUGUGUAAAUACAAGAAAAUAUAAAUAUCUAACCUUAUUCCCGUGAUUGCACAGAAUGAUGGCAUACUAUUUACACUCAUCUACCCGUUGUUUUCAUGAAAUGAUACAAUCUAGAGAUUUCUGUACUAUAACAGAGUGCUUCCUCAUGCUAUUUACAAAUGGAUAAUAUUUCAUUUGUUGGUGCUCCAUAGUUUAACAUACUCCUAUAGAUGAAAAACCACUACUUUAAAAUGCUAUAUAUUGUUUCAUUCUUUUCAGUUUAGGCCAAGUCAAACUCUUUCUAUUUAAAAGCUAACAACUUCUACAUGAGCUAGGAAACAGGGUUUGGGCAACUAGAAUUGCACACAAUUCUUCAUGGAGAAAUGGAGAAGUGAUGGGUGGUGUUUUUCAGUUUCAUAUAUUUUGCGUUGUAUAUUCUUGGACCUAACAUUUCAAACUGUUUGUGUCACUACUUGUGACUUUAUCAACAAUCUUGGAAGAAAAAAAAAUCUUACAUUUCUUCAAGGGCAUGUUUUAUUGUGUCU